AUGAUCGAGCCGCAAACCUCCCAACCAUGGGACCUAACUUCUGCCAUCGACCUCUUUAAUCGUCUCUCUGUUUCGACUUCAGGCACCGAUUUUCCACCUUCCAAUUGUACAGUCAAUGAUGAGCCCUCAAACACAGAUGGAAGUGCUCGCGCCUUGGGUGAUUUCAGACCAAUAUGGAAUUACUUAGGUGUCGAUGCUGAGAAAACUUCUACAGAUUUUGAUGUUGGUUCAUUUGAGUCUGCACCAUCUUCUUUCACUUCUGGGGGGCUUUUUUCUGAUCUAGACAGUCCGCCAACUUCUGCGACGGAUGAUUCGGAUAUUCCUGAUGUAUACGAGGCCUAUGUGACGAAAUCAAAAGAGACGGAUGAAAGUAGUGGAGUGGAAUCAGAGGUAGAAAGGCCUUCAGCAUCAAAAUCUGCAAGACUUUUCGGCUAUUCUUCUGCCGUGGGUGCAAAAAAGAGUUACGAAUCUCUUACCAUACACCCUCUUUACAAUCUGACCUUAGAAGAGAAGAGAGCCAAGAUAGCCAAGAAGCUAUCGGAUCAAUUAGGUAUCGACAAAAAGACACUUUUGAAUGCUACGGCUAAUCUUCAACGUUCCAAUGAACCUAAAGCCAUUCACGUAUUCGUUGAUUGUAGCAACAUUAUGAUUGGAUUUCAUCAAGCUUUGAAAAUUGCACGAGGAAUUCCUGAAGAGGCGAAGAUGAAACAACAGCCUUUCUCAUAUCAAUCACUAGCGUUCAUCAUGGAGAGAAAUCGCCCUGCUGCCAAAAGGAUUUUGGCUGGAUCCAGAUCAAGUCAUUCAGACCUACCAGUCCAUUUCGCUGAGGCCGAGAAGUGUGGUUACGAAACCAACAUUUUGGAUAGGGUCUUGAAAGUAAGAGAGUCGACACCCAAGAAGGUGCGUCGUGGGCUGGGCAAUGGAUACCUCACCGGACGGUCGAAUGGAUCUGAAAGUCCAUCCACAAAUAUGUCCUCGGUAUCAUUUGUGGAACAGGGUGUCGAUGAGCUCUUACACAUGAAGAUACUUGAAACUCUAAACGAUUACCCAAAACCAUCCACGAUUGUUCUAGCAUCUGGGGAUGGUGCUGAGGCGGAGUAUUCGGCCGGCUUUUUCAAAAAUGUGCAAAGAGCACUUGAGAAAGGAUGGAAUGUUGAACUUGUGGCUUGGAACAGUGGGUUGAGUGGGGAAUAUCGAGAAUCGUCAUUUAAGCAACGAUGGAGAAAGCAAUUUCGAGUUAUCAGGUUGGAUGACUUCAGUGAAGAAUUAUUGGCGAUUUACAGGAAGCAUGAAACAUCACCGUAG